GAGAGAGAGAGAGAGAGAGAGAGGUGUUUAAAUGUGAGGUAUCCAACUACCCAUGUAGGUGACCUUAUAAAAGAGAAAAAGAGAGGAGAGAGAAGAUGGCAAUGGGAGAGAUGCAGUUAAGCCAGCUAGCAGCAACACAUCUGCUUCAACACACAUUAAGAAGUUUCUGCGUUCAUGACAAUUCUCAAUGGGUUUAUGCAGUUUUCUGGAGAAUCUUGCCAAGAAACUACCCUCCACCCAAGUGGGAUGGUCUAGGGGGAACAUAUGAUAGGUCUAGAGGCAACAGGAGAAAUUGGAUAUUGGCAUGGGAAGAUGGUUUCUGUAAUUUUGCAGCGUCGACAACAAACGAGAUUAACAGUGAUUGUUCGGUUUACACUGACCACGAAUACCAACAAUAUCAAGGUCUUCAACCGGAGCUCUUUUUCAAGAUGUCACAUGAAAUUUAUAACUACGGCGAAGGAUUAAUUGGAAAAGUAGCUGCAGAUCACAGUCAUAAGUGGAUAUUUAAAGAACCGAAUGAUCAAGAAAUAAAUUUCUUGUCUGCUUGGAAUAGUUCGGCUGACUCGCAUCCAAGGACAUGGGAAGCUCAGUUUCAGUCUGGUGUGAAGACUAUUGCUUUGAUUGCUGUUAGAGAAGGUGUCAUUCAACUAGGAUCCGUUCAUAAGGUGAUUGAGGACCUGAACUACGUGGUGCUACUCAGAAAGAAAUUCAGCUACAUAGAAAGCAUUCCGGGAGUCCUUUUACCACACCCAUCAUCUUCAUCGUAUCCAUUUAAAGCAGAAGGCUACAACACCUCCGAAGCAUGGCGUUUUCAGGGUGGUAGUUUAUCAAUGGCACAACAGGAAUAUUGCCACCGGUAUAAUCAUAAUCAACCAUUGAACAUAACUCCUUCAAUGAGCAGUCUUGAAGCUCUCCUCUCAAAACUCCCAUCAGUCGUUCCGGUUUCUUCAUCAUCGCCACCAGUUCCACCCUUUUGUGAGGCGGCACUGCCACAGUAUGAGGCGGCAGCAAAUCGGCCAAUGGAGUUUUUGGGGGUGGAGGCAAAGGAGGAGGUUGAAGAGGAAGAUGUGAAGGAUGGUGGAGAGUGUAGCAGUUCAAUGUCAUCUUAUAACCAUGAACAUUAUGGCUAUCAUCAUGAUUUGAAUGUAAACAAUUGCAUGCAAAACAAUGGGUAUUAAUAAAUAAUUAAGUUGAUAGUUAGGAUUACUUGGUAUUAGUGAAAGAUUGCAAUUAUUGAGUGUGUUUUUGGGUUU